CUCUAACCAUUAUAAGGGGCCUUGCAUUGAAAUUCAUUUCAACAUAUGAGCCAUAUCAACGGGUUAUUUUCAAAAUUAUUCACCUGGCUGUAUCAUGCUCACCUUACCCGUACAAGUCUUUGUUCAAACAGUCUCUUACCUUGCUCAAAAUAAUGUUUCCUUUCGCAAACUCCUUCCAAACAGAAACUAGUGGUCUGUCCAGGAGAUUAUGUUCGUGCAAGGAGGUUCGUUUGUGUAUCACUGUAAUAAGAUCGCGGCCAUGAAUAUCUGAUAGUUGUGUUGCACGAAAGUCGAACCAAAUUUACCUUUGUCAGAAAUAUGGAGGGAGUGGACGCAGUGGUGGGAGUGUUGCAGGGUGGAGACCAGGCGGAAAUCUGUCAACACCUCCAGUCAUUCAACACACAGCAUGCACAAACGUUUGGUUUCCCAAACCUACAGCAAGACAAGAGAAAGGAUCUUGUAUCAGCAAUUCUGGAGGUUUUAAACAAGGACAUGCAGCCAUCAUGCCAUGCCACCUGUCUGUCCACGAUCCGCAUCCUGAGCCGUGACAAGGCCUCCCUGCAGUUCCUGGCCAAGCCGCCGUGUGUCACCACACUCCUGAAGCAUGCUGGGAUGGAUGGGGCAGAGGCUGUCCUUGAGCUACCAGAAGAUGAAGUGAUUGCUGAGGCAGAGAAGUGCCUGUGUAACAUCAUCUUCACAAGUCCGACCGCACAGAGACUCUGCAGCUCUAAUGGCUGUGUGGAGGGUGUGGCUGGGAGGUUGAAGUGCAUCUCAGACCCUCACCUGUCCUAUGAUGUCAAGAUUUUUGCUGUAAGGCUGACAUUCCUGCUCACAGCUUUGUGCAUUGAUAUCAGACAAAGACUACAAGUAGAAUUUAACAUCCCAGCCUUGUUGCUGUCUGCUAUGGAGCACACACUGGGUGUGGAGAACAACAGCACGCUUGGUACCUUGGAAGGUGCUGUCCUGACAGAUGAACAAGUGGACCUUCUGUCAGAGAUCCUCAAGACCAUGUUCAACGUCACGCUCACUGGACAGGCCCGGCAGCUGGACGAGGAGGAGCUGGAGCGGUACAAACACAUGACUGCUGUGUGCAGAUAUAUGCUGAUGUGUCGAGCAUCCAGUGAGGCAAAACAAGAGGAGCUGCACAGCCACACUAUCAACCUGAUGACUAACAUGCCCAGGAACUGUCUGGGUGAGGUGAUUGUCCAACAGGGGGAGCGUGGUGUGGGGACGGAGUACGAUGGCUGGAAUAUGGACGCAAUCAUGACCAUUCUGGACUUCUUAGAGAGAAGAAUAGACCAGAACAAACGUCUGUUGGAGACCCUGACCCCUGUGCUGACCUGUCUGAUCGCCAUCUCCAGAGCCAACCGCAAUGUCAGGAAGUUCCUCAGAACUAAGGUUUUACCACCAUUGAGAGAUGUGGAGACAUUGCCACAGGAAGGGCCUAAGUUGCGCAACAAGUGUGUGCGACUGAUGACCUGUGUAGUGACGGAAGUGAAGGAGGCAGCCGCAGAAUUCCUCUUUGUUCUCUGCAAGGAGAAUGUUGACAGGCUGGUGAAGUACACAGGAUUCGGUAAUGCAGCAGGACUGCUUGCGCAUCGUGGCCUUCUGGCUGGUGGGCCGUGUUCUGGACAGCACAACUACUCCAGCGGUGACGAGGAAAGUGACACGGAGGAAUAUCUUGUGGCUAAGGAUAAAAUCAACCCUGUGACGGGGCGGGUGGAGCCUGACCGACCCAACCCUCUGGAGGAGAUGACAGAGGAACAGAAGGAACACCUCUUCAUGCAGCUGGCCAGCGACUUUGACAAGUUAACAAGAGAAGGGAUAGUAAAACCCACCAUGAUUGGCAGUGAUGGACGGCUACAUGUGGUGGAGGGGGGCGUGGCCGAGAUGAUGGCCCGCGCCCAGACUCCGCCCCCCGACAACUCCGACAAUGAAGAGGAAGACGACAACGAGUGAUUAAGUUCUUUCCUUUUCCUAUUUCCUGUACCCAGGAAAUAUAGCCAAAAUGUUUCAAAAAUCAACUUGUUGCAUGUGGGCUGUUCCAUUAUCUAAACCAGGGGGACAUGUUUCUUUCAUGAAAGGAGCUGGUGGGAGACUGAUUGUAAACAGGUACAAAUUGCACAAAAAAGUCCAACCUUUUGUUUUAGAAAAAACUAGACCACCCUGUCUUUGAAAUGGAGCUGUCUAAGAGCAAAGUAUGGACAUACAAUUUAUUACUUGUAUGCUGCCUGUAGAAUUGUUUGUAUGUGAAUACUAGAAUACUACAAUGUAUAGUUGACUACUGGUAAAUGUAUAAGUUAUUAUUAGUUAGUAAAGGAAAUCGCUUUGUAUCUAUUUGUAUGCAUGUGACUGUAUGAUUGUGUAUUCGUGUGUGUGUGCUUGUUUGCUUGGUCAACAGUAUUUUUGAAGUCUAAUACAGACUUAUUUAAGGUGAUCACAUGUUUAUGUAAAUGUUGUACUGAAAUAUUAAGACAUUCCUUAUUCGUUUUGG